AUGAAAGAAUUGUCUAAGAAGUCUACUAGUGUUGGUUCUGAGCAGCCAUUAGAGUUGAUAAGCAAAUUGAGAAGAAUGAUAUGGUGGAUUUUACUUCAGAGAACCAAAGGUCACAUUCAUGAUGAUGAAGAUAAAGAUGAUUUCAAGAAGAUAAAGGAGUUCAGUGAAUUAUUUCCCAAAGAGGUUCAGAGACUUGAUAGGUUUAGUGAUGUUGUUACUCAGAAGAUUAAAGCAGUUGGGAAGGUGUUCGAUAGAAUUGAGAAGUCUCUCAUUGAAUUUCAAGAGGCGUUAUCAAAGUUUGAUCUUACUUCACAAUAUUCGCUUUCCCAAGAAUCUCUUUAUGCAAUGGAGACAAAAGGGGUUAGUUCAUCGAAGGCGAGUAAUGAAGAUAAAGGAAAAUUUGUAGGGAAAGUAAUGUCUACACAAAAUCCAACUUCAAUACCGAUGAAACCAGUGGUGACAACAUCGACAACAACAACGACUACCCCAAAUGUCAAUUUCGACUUAUCCAAGUUGAAAAAGAAAGGUAUAAGUAUUGGAGAAGGCAGUUCAAGUUAUGUUGUGGUUAAGAAUACUUCAAAUGUUGAUCCCAAAGAUAAAGGGAAGGGUUUUCAAUUUGAGCCUUCAGCUGAAUAA